AUGGGGAGACAGCCUUGUUGUGAUCGAGCGGGGUUGAAGAGAGGUCCAUGGACUAUGGAAGAAGAUCGAAGACUUAUGAAUUUUAUCAUCAACAAUGGCAUCCAAUGUUGGCGAAUGGUUCCUAAGCUUUCAGGUUUGCUAAGAUGUGGGAAGAGUUGUAGGUUGAGAUGGAUUAAUUAUCUAAGGCCUGAUCUCAAAAGAGGGACACUAUCAGAAGCGGAAGAGGAUCAGAUUAUUGAACUUCAUGCUCGUCUUGGAAAUAGGUGGUCAAAGAUUGCCUCGCAUUUUCCAGGGCGUACGGAUAAUGAAAUCAAGAAUCACUGGAAUACUCGAAUCAAGAAAAAGUUAAAGCUUCUUGGAGUAGACCCGAACACCCACAAACAAAUUGAUGAGGAGAAAAAACAAGAUAUGGGACCCAAGAAUGAGCAAUGUAACACUAUCUAUGAUGUCACAUCGAAUAAUGGAAAUACACAAGUGGGUCAUAAGAAGAUAGAUGAACAUAGACUCCACAAUGACAUAAACUCCCAGAAUCAUCAUGACAUGGUUUUCAAGAACUUUGAUAUGGAUUUAAGUAAAACUAUGAAUCAGGAAGAAUCAACGUCAAAAUCAUUUAGCUAUUCUCAUUCGUAUUCUUAUGAGGAUUCAGUGAACCCUAAUCUUUAUAUUGGAGAAUCCCCUUUCGUAGAAGGAGAUUAUUCUUUACAACAAUGGGCUGAUGGCGUAGAUCCAUCGUUGUUAUGGGAUUACUUCAGUCAACAAGAAGAUACAUUUUUCCUUUUAGGAAACACUUAGUGGUAAAUGGUAUAUCUAUUUGUUCAUUAUAUUAAUGUUGUUAGUAGCUAGGUCAUUAAUUAAGAAAAAAAAUGAAAAAGAAAGAAGACCGAGCUUAAUUAUGUUAUCA